CAUGGAGGAGGAGAGAGAGGGAGGGACAGCAAGUGAGGGAGGAGGUGGAGAAAGAAGAGAGAGAGGAGAGUGAUAGAGAAACUAGAAGGAGAGGAGAAGAGAGAGAAAGGGAGAGAAGGAGAGUAAUAAAGAGAGAGACAGGAGAAAGGAGACAGCAAGUGAGGGAUGAAGUGGAAAGAGAAAGAGGAGUGUGAUAUAGAGACCAGAUAGAGAGGAGAAGAGAGAGAGAGAGAGAGAGAAGGAGAGCGACAGUGAGACAGAAAGACAGAGAGGAGAGUGACAGAGAGUCCAGGAAGGGAGGAGAGUGAUAGAGAGACUGGGAGGAGAGGAGAAGAGAGAGGGAAAGAAAACAAAGAACAGUGAUAGCGAGACCAGGGAGAGAGGAGAGAAAGAGAAGGAAAGCGACAGAGAGAGACAGGAGAGAAAAGAGAGAAAGGAGGGGGGGAGCAAGUGAGAGGGCGAGAGAGAAAGGAGAGAGGCAGAGAGAGAAAGGAGUGCAGACACAGAAAGAGGAAGUGUCGUUCAAAAGCACCAGCAGAGCGGACGAGCGAGGAUGCAGCCGCCCACUAAGAUUAAAGAAAUCCAGCAGGUCAAGCAGCUCUUCUCUGACCAGCUCACAAAACUACAGAGCAAACUACAGCAGGACACAGAGCUCCUGGAGGAGAUCAGGUUGUUCACCAAGCAGCGGGCCGCCAUAGAGAGAGACUACGCCCAGGCUCUGCAGAGGUUAGCCGUGCAGUACCAGAAGAAGGACUGGCAAAGAGCAAACUCGGACUCCAUCUCUUCUAGCAGUGUGUUUGGGGUCUGGAGAGCCAUAGUAGAUGCCACAGCCCAGAUGGCCUCAACACGACUCUCAGCCUCAGAGGAAUAUCGCUCGCUGACACUGCACACUUCUAGAAGUCUGCGCAGCUCCAAAGACAAUCAUGCAAAGAAGGGGAUGGAGCAGCUGCAGAAGAUCCAGGCAGAACUCCUGGACUCUCUGAGGGAGCUCCAGCGCAUCAAGAAGAGCUACCACCAGCUCAGUCUCAUCGCUCACACGGCCAGAGAGAAGGCUGCAGACGCACACGCCAGAGCUAGAAAGAGCGAACAUGGCCUCUUUCAUUUCAAAUCACACAAGAUGAUCACGAAGGUGAAUACCCGGCUGAAGGAGUGUGACGACCGUUUGACUGAAGUGAGGAAUGAGUAUCUGCUGACCCUGGCAGCGCUACAAGCUCACCAGCAGCACUACUACAGCCACGACCUGCCCGCAGUCAUGGAGCAGAUGGAUGGCAGUGUGUACGAGGAGCUGAGGGGACACUUCAGUCGUCUGUGUGGGACGGAGCUGGACACGUGUGCGUCCACUCACUCACAGCAUAGCCACAUCUGGGACACGCUCCGCAAGGUGACCAGAGAGCGGAGUGUCCAGCAGUUUCUCCAGGAGUCCUCCGCCUUCAGCAAUCCCCCCAACUUCAGCUUCCAGCCCGCUCCCAAAGAUCAGGUGUAUGUUCUCCAGGACCUGAGCGGCUCUCCUGACCAGAGCUGUCUGCAGCGGGAGGUGAAGAAAUGGGCCUCCAAAGCAGCCAAAGAUUACAAGGUCAUCGCACACGGGGAGAGGGCCCUGGAGGUGCUGCAGAGCCGUCUGAAGCUUCUGUCUGGAGAAACAUCUGCCAGUGUGGAGCAGAAGAUCACAGAGGUGCAGGACACCCUCAGGAAGACUCAGCUGAGCAGGGUGAAGGCAGAGGCCCGUCUGCAGCUCCUGUCCCACAGUGUGCCCGGGACACAGGACCGUGUGCAGCAGGCUCUGCACACCGCCCACCUGGAGCUGGAGCAAGAGAGGAGGCUGAGCGAGAGCAGGAAGUCCACUGGGAAUGAACAAGAGGAAGACUUUGAGUUGACAGACCUGGAGGAGUUUGAGGAGGAGGCGGACAUUUUCGUAGACUCCGCCGCCUCUACUGCUCUUUGUGUUUGCCCGUCCUCCUGCAGAGUCCUCUACAGCUACCAGGCCUGUCAGUCAGACGAGCUGUCUGUGAUGGAGGGAGAGGAACUCCAGGUGCUAGAAGACGGAGACAUGGAGGACUGGUUAAAGGUUUGCAACUCCUGUGGGCAGGUGGGCUACGUGCCGGUGCGCUACGUGCAGUUCCUGUGUUUACCAGCAGAGGGAACCCCACCCCCGGACACCUCUUACAGUUCCACUUCCUCCACCGGCCUCAGGGAGUCAGGGGCCAGUCCAGGAUUGGCCCGAGCUCUUUACUCCUACCAAGCACAGAGUCCAGAGGAGCUGUCAUUCCAAGAGGGGGCGCUCAUCCACCUUAUUCGCUGUAAACACGGAGAGGUGGACGAUGGUUUCUGGGAGGGGGCGCUAGAGGGACACGUGGGACUGUUCCCCUCUCUGGUGGUGGAGCUCCUAGAGGAUGAAGCAGAGGAGGAGGGUGAGGAGCAGGAGCCUUUACCCACUCCCACAAUGCCCUCCUGUUCCCCUCCUGCCCUGCACCCACAGAGCCCAGAGCCGAGUGCAGACGCUGCCUGUACUCCCCCUGGUGGAGCGGAAAACAUACAGCACACACCAGAUCCACCCGAGCAGCCGGACCCACACGCAAAUCCUGACAGAGGCAGCAGUCCACCAAGUGUGUCCACCCCUCGACUGAGACCGUGUCGGGCACCACCACCACCCCCCACCCAAAGGACCUGACCAUUGCCAUAAACAUCUGUAACCUACAUUCUUUACUGCUGAUGUUGACCCUGGAACUCUAUUCUACCCUUGAGGAAUGUGGACUUGUGAUUUUUUAUAUUUUUUUCUCAUAAAAAAAUACAUUCACAGUUUGCACAAUGCAUAAAAGUUGAUGUUUACAUUUUUGGUUUUGGUUCUUACCCAUUCAGAAAGUAUAAAUCUGUGAUUAUUUGUGAGUAUGUUUUAUGAGAAUUGACAAAAAAAUAAAGGAAGAAAAAUAACCGACAAAUUAAUAUAACAUUGCAAAAACUCAACUCUAGCCAAGUGAAGAUGACUUGAAUGAAGAACGUUUUAUCAUAAUUUGAGUCAAUUUCACUUGACAAGAAAAAUUAUCUACUAGUGAAACAAGACUUUUUGAAGAGAAAAUAUGAAAAUACAUCUUUGAUUCUUGCUUAAAUGAAAAAAAAAAAAAAACUCAAAUAAAGUCAAAUAUUCAUCUUUUAAGUCA